UCCAUAUCUCUCUCUAACCCCCAAACCCAAGAGAGCUAGAGAGAGAGAGUUGUGGAGACAAAGAAAACAGAAACUGAACAUCACACCACUUCAACAUUUUCUUUAUCCACCACAAUCUUUUUUUCUUUUCACCAAAAUACAUUUACUCUAAACAUUUGUUCAAUUCAAUCCAAAAUUGAACACAAAAAAUGGACGGAAUGGAGAAAUUAAGAACUACAAGUAGGAGAGUGAGCACGAACAUGAACAGAAGCAUAAGCAGAAGCUUUAGCCGAAGCAUGGACGACGUGUUUUCCGGGGGACGACAAUCUAGACGAAGCAGUCGACAUGCUGAGGAAGACGAAGAGGCUUUAAAAUGGGCUGCCAUUGAAAAAUUGCCAACUUAUGAUAGGUUAAGGACAACUAUCAUGCAAACUUUUGAGGAUAACGAUGAAUUUCAAGGAGUUCAUAAACAAGUUGAUGUUGCUAAGCUUAAUAUGAAUGAUCGACAAAUGUUCAUUGAUAAGAUUUUUAAGGUUGCUGAAGAAGAUAAUGAGAAGUUCUUGAGAAAAUUUCGACAGAGGAUUGAUAAGGUUGGAAUAAAACUUCCAGCUGUGGAAGUUCGAUAUGAACAUUUAACAGUUGAAGCAGAAUGUCAAAUUGGAAGCAGGGCUCUUCCAAGUCUGCCAAAUGCUGCAAGAAAUAUUGCAGAGUCAGUUAUAGGUUUAUUUGGAAUUAAUUUGGCUAAGACCACAAAACUCACUAUUCUUAAAGAUGCCUCUGGCAUUUUAAAACCAUCAAGAAUGACUCUACUAUUGGGUCCUCCGUCCUCCGGGAAAACGUCCCUUUUGCUAGCAUUGGCCGGAAAGUUGGACCCAAGUCUUAGGGUAAGUGGAGAGAUAACCUACAAUGGGUAUAAAAUGAAUGAGUUUGUGCCUAGAAAGACAUCAGCAUAUAUUAGCCAAAAUGAUGUUCAUGUUGGAGUCAUGACAGUAAAAGAAACCCUAGAUUUCUCUGCCAGAUGUCAAGGAGUUGGAACUCGACAUGAUCUCUUGAGUGAGCUUGCAAGAAGAGAAAAAGAUGCAGGAAUAUUUCCUGAGGCUGAAGUUGACCUUUUCAUGAAGGCAACUGCAAUGAAAGGAGCAGAAAGCAAUCUUUUUACCGAUUACACUCUCAAACUCUUAGGUUUGGAUAUUUGUAAGGACACAAUUGUUGGAGAUGAAAUGCUUAGAGGAAUUUCUGGUGGUCAAAAGAAAAGAGUAACAACAGGAGAAAUGAUUGUUGGACCUACAAAAACAUUAUUCAUGGAUGAAAUUUCAACUGGGCUAGAUAGUUCAACCACAUUUCAGAUAGUAAAAUGCAUGCAGCAAAUUGCUCAUCUUACUGAGGCCACAGUGUUGAUGUCUCUGCUUCAGCCAGCUCCAGAAACAUUUGAUCUGUUUGAUGAUGUUAUUCUAUUGUCGGAAGGCCGAAUCGUGUAUCAGGGUCCACGAAACCACAUUCUUGAAUUCUUCGAAUGCUGCGGAUUCCGAUGUCCUGAGCGAAAGGGCACUGCAGAUUUCUUGCAAGAGGUUACUUCAAAGAAAGACCAAGAACAAUACUGGGCAAACAAAAUGAGACCAUACAGAUACAUUUCAGUGCCUGAAUUUUCAGAAAGAUUCAAGAAAUUCCAUACCGGUAUGCAGCUAGAUAAUGAUCUCUCAGUACCAUUUGACAAGUCUCAAGGCCAUAAAGCAGCUCUAGCAUUCUCAAAAUACUCAGUCUCCAAAAAAGAGUUAUUCAAAACUUGCUGGGAUAAAGAAUGGCUACUAAUUCAAAGGAAUUCAGUAGUUUUUGUCUCCAAGAUUGUGCAACUUAUUAUAGUUGCAAUCAUAGCAUCAACCGUGUUUAUAAAGCCGAGAAUGCACACGAGGAAUGAAGGCGACGGGGCAAUGUACAUCGGCGCGGUUUUGUUUAGUAUGAUUUGUAAUAUGUUUAACGGUAUUGCUGAGCUUUCUCUGAUGAUUACGCGGCUGCCGGUGUUUUAUAAGCAGAGAGACCUUCUUUUUCAUCCACCUUGGACUUUUACUCUCCCAACUUUUCUGCUUCAAUUGCCUAUGUCCAUUAUUGAAUCUGUUGUUUGGGUCGGCAUCACUUAUUACUCCAUUGGUUUUGCUCCUGAGGCUAGCAGUUUCUUCAAGCAUCUGCUACUGAUAUUCCUGAUUCAACAAAUGGCUGCUGGGCUGUUUAAGCUUAUUGCUGCUGUCUGUCGGACGAUGAUCAUAGCCAACACCGGCGGUGUUCUUAUUCUGCUUCUAGUUUUCUUGCUUGGUGGCUUCAUUCUGCCUAAAAGUCAGAUUCCAAGUUGGUGGGAAUGGGCUUACUGGAUUUCACCUUUGACUUAUGGUUACAAUGCCUUUGCUGUGAACGAAAUGUACGCGCCUAGAUGGAUGAAUAAACGGGCAGCAGACAAUUCGACAAGUUUGGGCGUUGCGGUGCUUAAAAACUUUGAUGUUUUCCAAAACAAGAACUGGUAUUGGAUUGGUGCUGGUGCUCUUCUAGGGUUUGCUGUACUCUUCAAUGUCUUAUUCACCUUAGCUCUCAUGUACUUGAGUGCUCCCGGAAAGAAACAAGCCGUAAUCUCUGAGGAAACAGCAAUGGAAAUGGAAAACGAGGAAGACUCGAACGGUCAACCGAGAUUAAGAAUGACACAGUCACAGAAAGAUACAUUUCCUCGUUCAUUAUCUGCUUCUGAUGGAAACAAUACAAGGGACAUGGCAAUGCAAAGAAUGAGCAGUCAAUCCAGUCCGAAUGGACUGAAUCGAAAUGCAGAUUCAUCACUCGAGGCAGCUAAUGGCGUUGCGGCCAAAAGAGGAAUGGUUCUUCCAUUCACACCACUAGCCAUGUCAUUCGACAGUGUCAAUUAUUACGUCGACAUGCCUGCCGAAAUGAAGCAACAAGGAGUUGCAGAGGACAGACUGCAACUACUGAGGGAAGUAACAAGUGCAUUUAGGCCUGGAGUUCUGACAGCACUAAUGGGAGUAAGUGGAGCAGGAAAAACAACAUUGAUGGAUGUUUUGGCAGGACGGAAAACCGGUGGUUACAUCGAAGGUGAUAUCAGAAUUUCAGGAUUUCCCAAGGUACAAGAAACCUUUGCCAGAAUUUCAGGAUACUGUGAGCAGAAUGAUAUCCACUCACCCCAAGUUACAGUUAGAGAAUCCUUAAUCUACUCCGCGUUCCUUCGUCUUCCCAAAGAAGUUAGCAAAGAGGAUAAAAUGAUCUUUGUGGAUGAAGUGAUGGAAUUGGUAGAGCUUGACAAUCUGAAAAAUGCACUAGUUGGUCUUCCAGGAGUUACAGGAUUGUCAACAGAACAAAGAAAAAGGUUGACAAUUGCUGUUGAACUUGUAGCUAAUCCUUCAAUUAUUUUCAUGGACGAACCGACUUCCGGUCUCGAUGCACGGGCAGCAGCCAUUGUUAUGAGAACAGUCAGAAACACUGUGGACACCGGAAGAACCGUCGUCUGUACGAUCCAUCAGCCUAGUAUCGACAUCUUUGAAUCGUUUGAUGAGUUGCUACUGAUGAAGAGAGGAGGACAAGUUAUAUACUCAGGACCUUUAGGCACAAAUUCCCACAAGAUUAUUGAAUACUUUGAGGCGGUUCCUGGAAUCCCGAAAAUCAAAGAAAAGUACAACCCGGCGACAUGGAUGUUAGAAGUGAGCUCAAUAGCUGCAGAGGUUCGACUCGGAAUGGAUUUUGCAGAACAUUACAAGCAAUCAGCCUUACACCAGAGAAACAAGGGUUUAGCAAAGGAAUUAAGCGUACCGCCUACCGGAGCAAAGGAUCUUUAUUUCGAAACUCAGUAUUCUCAAUCUUUUUGGGGACAAUUCAAGUCUUGUCUUUGGAAACAGUGGUGGACUUACUGGAGAAGUCCUGAUUAUAACCUUGUCAGAUACUGCUUCACUUUAGUUGCUGCUCUUAUGGUUGGGACUAUUUUCUGGAAAGUUGGCACUAAAAGGGAUAGCUCAAGUGACCUGAGUACAAUCAUUGGAGCAAUGUAUGCUGCUGUCUUGUUUAUUGGUAUCAACAACUGCUCGACAAUACAGCCGAUUAUAUCGAUUGAAAGAAGUGUAUUUUAUCGCGAAAGAGCAGCCGGAAUGUACUCUUCAUUACCUUAUGCCCUCGGACAGUUUGUGUGCGAAAUUCCAUAUGUGCUAUUUCAAACAACAUAUUAUUCACUGAUAGUGUAUGCAAUGUUAGCAUUUGAAUGGACCGUAGCCAAAUUCUUCUGGUUCUAUUUUAUUUCCUUCUUCUCGUUCCUCUACUUCACAUACUACGGAAUGAUGACGGUUUCCGUCACGCCAAAUCUUCAAGUAGCAGCCAUUUUUGCAGCAACAUUCUAUGCACUUUUCAAUCUCUUCUCCGGCUUCUUCAUCCCGCGACCGAAAAUUCCAAAGUGGUGGGUAUGGUACUACUGGAUUUGCCCUGUGGCAUGGACAGUAUACGGACUAAUCCUGUCGCAAUACCGCGAUGCGGAAGACUUAAUUACAGUUCCAGGAAUGUUGGAAAAGUCUAAAAUUAGAGACUAUAUUCAAGAUUUUUACGGCUAUGAUCCAGAUUUCAUGGGACCAAUUGCUGCAGUUUUGGUUGGAUUCACUGUCUUCUUUGCAUUUGUCUAUGUUUAUGCCAUAAGGACACUCAACUUUCAGACCAGAUAGAUGUGUUUUCUGAGAUUAAAUUUGUAAAUAAAUAUAUUUUAUGCAGUAACUUUUAUAGAGGAUUUACAGUAAGUUAUUACUAGUUCAAAUUGGGCUAGUAAUGCUUGUUUUAUCACUUAGGUAUACAAAUAUUUAUUUUAUUAUAUAGAUGUGAUGUGAGAAUGUAAUAUAGUUAUGAAAAAAUUGUAAGGUGACAAGCUUUUGAGAAGUGUAUUUUGUAA